GCACGGAGACACGGUUCCAAAGAGAAGUCCUCCAAGAAGCACAGGCCCGAAGAGCAUAACGACAAGGACCACCCUUCGGAUAAAGGGAGGGAGAGCCUGAACUCUUCUUCGGAGAAUGGCGAGGAACGGCACAAGCGCAAGGAGAGGAAGCCCUCCAGGGGACGCAGCCAUUCAAGGUCUCGUUCGCGGGAAAGGCGGCACCGUAGUCGAAGCCGCGAUAGAAAAAAAUCCCGCUCCCGAAGUCGAGAGAAAAAGCGGCGCGUGAGAUCCAGAUCUCGAUCCAAAUCCAGGCACAGGCAUAGAAGUCCCAGCAGAAGCAGGAGCCGCAGCCGGAGCAGGGAAAGAAAGAAGAGACCGGAAAAACCACGAAGGUUCAGCCGAAGUCACAGCCGAACUCCGAGCCCCCCGCCUUUCAGGGGGCGAAACACAGCGAUGGAUGCCCAGGAAGCCUUGGCCAGGAGGUUGGAAAGAGCCAAAAAAUUGCAAGAACAGAGAGAGAAAGAACUGGUGGAGAAGCAGAAGCAACAGGAAAUGGUUGCCGCGGCUGCUGCCACCGGCGGGUCCGUCAUCAACGUCGCGGCUCUCCUGGCUUCUGGGACACAGGUCACUCCGCAAAUAGCCAUGGCAGCUCAGAUGGCAGCCCUGCAGGCGAAGGCUCUGGCCGAGACGGGGAUAGCCGUCCCCAGCUACUACAACCCGGCAGCGGUGAACCCCAUGAAGUUUGCCGAGCAAGAAAAGAAGAGGAAAAUGCUGUGGCAGGGCAAGAAAGAAGGGGAUAAAUCACAAUCUGCGGAAAUCUGGGAGAAGCUGAAUUUCGGAAAUAAGGACCAAAAUGUCAAGUUUAGGAAGUUGAUGGGCAUUAAGCACGAGGAGGAAGCCGGGGGGGCGGCUAGCAGUUCAGUGGACGAGGAGAGUUAUAAGACUUUGAAACAGCAAGAAGAAGUCUUCCGCAAUCUGGACGCACAGUACGAAAUGGCCAGGUCGCAGACGCACACCCAAAGAGGAAUGGGGCUGGGCUUUACGUCUUCGAUGCGAGGAAUGGACGCCGUUUGAGGCAAAGGCCUUCGGACAGCUUUUGAGACUCCCGACCAAGGUUUUCUGGUUGCGGUGUGUUGGCUUCCUUGUUCACCGACAGCUGGCAUCCUAGCUUGCAUGGGUGUUAACAUUGACUUUUAAUUUAUUGACAUUACAAUUUUUUUUUUUUUUGUAAAUACCAGAUCAGUGAUAACUGGUGGUUCCAUGUUGUAAUCAGGUUAUUAUACUCAAACUUCCAUUAUACGCGCCAGAGCUCCAGAAGGGACGCUUCUACUUCUGUGGUUUUCGAAUCGGAGCAGCCGAGGGUGAACGCCCCCCACACGGAUAUUUUGUGUGUGUCCACCACCGUCUCUCUCUCUCUCUUGUGUACUUUUUUGUACUUUAAACUUGUACAGUUAUUUUCAACUCUUGGAACAUAAACAAAAAAAAACACAUUGUGUUGGUGUUAAAAAACUAGCAGAUCGAGCCCGUGGGUAGAUAAAUGCAGUGCAACAACCUGGUUAAUAAAACAUGUUGUUUUUUUUUUUCUCAAGUAGUAUAUUCUAUUUAAGUUUAGUGGAUAAAUCAUUCCGCAGUUAAUUUCACGGAGUAUAUUUUUUAAAAUGAGUGCUCAGCCCAAUGCAGGGAAGUAGAGGAUAGGAUUUAAGUAAGUAGAGGAUAAAAGAAUACUGCAGGCUGUUAGCUGUAUCAAAAUACUAUAUCCUAAUUACGCUCAUCUUCCUUACCGAGCAAUUCUUUCCUCCUUGAUUUAAGCAGUUUUGUUCUGUGAAAAGCUCUUAAUACCGUAGAGGCAAAAACUGGGUUUUAAUAGCCGUUGCCAGAUUAACCGAAUGUAAAAAGUGAAAUGUAAACUCCUGUGCUAAUUAUAAAUAUGAGAUAUGAGCAGCAGUUGUUAAGAGGGAAGGACCUCAGAUAAGGUGAGAAAAGAGUCUCGUAAAUAACCAAAAUUUGAUAUUGGUGGAUGCCCCAGGGCUGUAGUUCAGUCCCCACUUUUAAUCUGUUAAAGAGAUUUUAGAUUGAGAUUAAUCCGUCCUAUGAAACCUGAAUAAUCUCCCCACACCCAACAGAGGCAGGUUGAGAACAGGGAUGGCGGACGGAUUAAAAAUCCCAAACGGAAUGGAGGACCCCAAGUGUUAAAAGAGUUGCAGUUUUUUGGAAUUUGUGGCCGGGGAAACCAGGAAGAAUUUGUGCUGCGUGUGAUUGAUGGUGUCUGCAGGGGCAGUUUUAUAUCAAAGAGAGUAGCAGGAACUGAUAAAAUAUUCCAUUAAAAGCGUUGAAAAUCUA